AAAAGAUUACACAAGUACCGGCUGGUGUUCAUCUACGCAGUAACUUAAAAUCUUUCCAACUUUAGUGUUUAAACAACUUAAAAUGCAGAAUGAAACAAACUAAAUAAUUACAUACAGUAUCAGCUGAAAACCUGGAUUAAUGGUUCGUGCAGCUUUACUACAGAUGCAGACACCUUUGUUUAUCCACCUAAUGGAGAUUAAUUAAGGCUUACAACUGACAGCACUAGGACACUGAUCAUGAAUCACCUCCCAAUAGGAUCAACUGCUAAAGACCAGGCAGUCAACUCCUCACCUCCGGUCAGUCAGAAUGGCUUGACCCCUACUUCCCUCCCUACUUCCCUCCAGGAGAAGAACCCAGAAUUGAGUGGAGUAGAGACCAGUGGCGACACCAACAGUACAGAUCCUUUGUUACACUCAAAGGGAUUGUCAAAUCCAUCACAAAUCAAACAGCAAGAGGCAGUAAGGAGACCUGAACAGAACUUAUAUGGAGGUCAACAACAGAGACAAGAUACAAACCACCCCACACAUAAAAAGUGUGAAGAAAGUACUGCACAAGCCAAAGGAAGUUUCCCAAGCAUAUCCAAAGGGAAACGACCAAGGGAGAACAAAGAUGCUCCUUCUCAGAGGGAUAAAUUUUUCAAAUUUGUCACCACUAAUGAGGAUGUGGCGCAAGCUGAUUACUGGUACAUUCACCAGAACAGGUCAGAGGACAUGCUGCCAUUAGACAGUGGACCUGAGGAGAUGGGACUGCACAUAGACCACAAACAUGGGGUACAAUGCACAACUUCCCAUCCAACUGAGUCUGUCACCGUCAGUGGCAAACAUCAAUGGAAAUCACCAAAAAGAGAUAUUUCGAUCACAGUCUGGUACCGCCACAGGAAAAUUAUGACUCUGAAGUCAAAGGAGCCUUAUGUACGAUGCAGUAACUUAGUGAAGAUCAGAGAAAUGCAAAACUAUGUAAAUUCGCUGAAGGAGACUUCUCCAAAAUUUAAAGGCUUCUACUUGUGUGACAUGGAGACAAGAAGAUGUGUCUUCAUGUUUUAUGGAGGUCGUCACCAUAAUAUUGACAUCAUCACCAUUUGAUGUGAACUACAGUCAUAUAGAUCAUCUACUGAUGGAUCAGUAAGGCUGCAAGUGUAUUCAAUGAUUACAGAAUUCUGUAAAAAAUGUAUAUUGAUAAAUUAUAACUUCAAAUCAGUCUUUGAUAACUGAUGGAAUCUAAAUAAGUUACGAGGGAUAAUUGAUAUGCUGUAAGUCUCGUGAUGAAGGAUGCACUCAACAAUGUUCUUUUUAAGUCCUAAUAUUCUCUGACUAUUUAUAGAGCUGUGUACCCAAGGACUGGUCUCAAUUGGUUAGUUUAUAUUGACGAGGUAGCACUUUAAAGUACACAAGACAAUCGACUUUUGCAAAAUUGACAAAAUCAAUGAAAGAGUAGUGAUCCAUUUAUAUUUGCAUUAACAGGGUUUAACAUCUAUAAGGAUAUCCAUAAUGAUAUGGUAGCACUAGGGAAAGGUGGCUCUUCAUAUGCUACAGUGAAAAGAUGGGUGCCAGAAUUUACGAGUGGCCGACAGAGCCUUGAGGAUGACCCUUGUCCUGGAAGGCCCGUUAUUGUUGUAACCCUAGAAAUGGUCAAAGUUCAUGAUGUUAUUAUGACUGACAGACGAGUCACAGAAAGAUAUAUAGCCAGUAGAGUUGGCAUUUCACAGGAAAGAAUACAUUCCAAGCUGACUGAGGAUCUUGAAAUGAUAAAGCUUUUGGACCGAUGGGUACCAAGACUUCUGACAGUUGAUCAGAAGCACACCAGGCGCAAAUUAUCGCUUGCUAUCUUAACAUAUUUGAGGAAGAUCCUGCCAACUUUCUUCAGAGAUUUGUCACUAUAGAUGCAACAUUGGGUCAAUCAUUUUACCCCAGAGGCCAAAUAACAAUAGAAACAAUGGAAGAACCCUAGCUUGUUCUCCCCGCAAAAGAAGGCAAAGACUGUUCCAUCAGCUGGGAAGGUUAUAUUGCCUUGGUUUUCUGAGAUGCAGAGGGUACUUGCUGGUAGAUUAUCUCCAAAAUGGACAAAAAAUCAAUUGCACAUACAAUGCUUCACUUCUGGGGCAGUUACGGGAAAAUGUUAAACUAAAGUGCUGCGGAAAGCUCACUAAAGGUGUGUUAUUCAAUCAGGACAAUGCUCCUGUUCACAAGUCUGUAAUUUGCCAUCGCUGCCAUUCACAACUGUGGCUUUAAAUUGAUUGAGCAUCCACCUUAUUCACCUGCAGAUCUUGUUCCAUCAGACUUUCAUCUAUUUCCAAAACUGGAAAACAGCUAUUUUAGGCACCUAUACUUUCAGUCCGAUGAUGACGUCAUACUUGCAGUGGAUGACUUUCUGAACAGCCAGGAAAAGGAGUUCUAUAAAAGUGGCAAUGAUGCCCUUUAAGACAGCUGGCAAAAGUAUAUAGAUACUGAAGGGUAUUAUGUUGGAAAGUAAUGCGAAAUGUCCGGAAAAGUUAAAAUCCUUCAAUAUGAGGCUCACAACAUAUCAAGAAGCCCUCACAUUAUUGCAUUUGUGUUACAUUAAAUAAUGAUACAGAAAGGUCUAAAUAGAAAAGUCACUGAAACCAUUUCUAAUGAACUUAUAAUACUUUGAUGAUACACAAAAGCACUAGGGACUUGGAUAUUUCCUCCAAUUGAAUUCAUCUUUUAAAGACUUAAUACCUGCACAAGUGUCUCCCUACCAGCUCAAGCUGGUUGAGGUCUGCUUAGACAGCUAAUGAUCAUGUAAGAUCAUUAUAAUUAACAAUAAACUGUCUAAAUAAUCUGCACUACUGGUAGCAAAUACAAUUUUGAAAUUCAUUGUAUUUAAACUCUGCAGAUAUUCCUGUCAACCUUGUCAAUUAAAGUUGUGAAGAAUUAGCUUUUUCAAGGUUAGGAAUAAUCUCUGCAACUAAUGAUAAGAAUGUUAAAUUCAAAUGCAACAUUUCAGGAUGUAUUAUCAAGUCUUCAAAACCUUUACAAGUAAGCUUAGUGUACCUGUAAGCUUAGAAUUUGAAACUUAUUCAUAAUAAAAUUCAGACAUUGCAUGUA